AUGAAUCACCGAGAUAAAUCAUCUGAAUUACAAAAAGACCAGGAUAAAUUAUCUGAAAAACCCUGUAAGGGAGCAUCUGAAGUACAGAAACACAAGAAUAAAUCAUCUGAAAUACAGAAAUCCUGUAAUGGAUCAUCUGAGGUACAGAAACACCUGGAUAAAUCAUCUGAAAUACAGAAACCCAGCAUUGAAGCAUCUGAAAUACAGGAAAACGGAAAUGAAACACCUGGGUAUGAGGUUAGUUCAGAUGGUGAAGUCCUCACAUUAUACCUAUCUUUUCCUCCUAUUCUAACUUGUCACCCAUCGUUGGAGGGUUUGGAGGAGAUUUCUCUAGACGGACAUAACUACCUCCCGGUGGAAGUCAAUGGUAAAUGCUGUAAAAUGUUUGUCGAUUCUGGAACAACAAGCAAUGGUAUUGAACACAGACUCGCACAGAAGCUGGGAUUAGAUAAGAAAGUCGACUCAACCAUUCUCCGUGAUUCUUGGUUUUCGAGUGAAAACAAACACCUCAAAAUAAGGCAAGUAGAAAAUUGUAAAAUUAAAUUACAAAAUGGCAAAGAGCUCGUUGCCACUGUAAAUAUUUUCCCACCAGAAUUGGACAAUUACUUCAUCUCUGAGGACACACCAAUGUUCUUCUUUAGCUUCCCACUGAUGACAGAGAAUCACAUAAUUCAUCAGUUUAAAAGCAAUAAAUCUUCCAUCUUUUUAAAACCUUUGAGAAGAUUUACGAAAAAAGGAUAUGGGUUGAGCAGUUCUCCCUUGCCUUAUCUUAGGAUAAAGUUUCCAUUAUCUGCAAAAGACAAUUAUUGCAGCGAUAAAGUUGUGGUCAAUACUGGCUCCGAUGCUUCAACCAUUUCACAAUUAUUUUUGAAGCACAUCGGCAUGGAAACAUGUCCUCCCAAAAAACUAAGAAUACAUGUGAAGGGUGACCUUUACCUGGAGGAUGACUUGGAGGUGCUGGAGAAUCCAAAGACAGAAAUUCCUCUAACUUUAGGCACAACAACCACCGGGAUAACUCAUCUAGAAUACAGGAAAACUGAAAUACCGAAACGCUGCAAUGAAGAACAGAAGCACUGGAAUAAAUCAUCAUACAGCAAUAUAGCAGCUGAUAUACAAACAUUCUACAGAGGACGCACAGAAUUACGGAACCACCGGGAUAACUCAUCUAGAAAACAGGAAUACUGGAAUAGAAAAACUGAAAUACCGAAACCCUACAAUGAAGAACAGAAGCACUGGAAUAAAUCACCAUACAGCAAUGUAGCAGCUGAUAUUCAAACAUUCUCCAGAGGACGCACUGGAUUACGGAACCACCGGGAUAGAUCAUUUAGAAUACAGGAAUACUGGAAUAGAGAAGCUGAAAUACCGAAACCCUACAAUGAAGAACAGAAGCACUGGAAUAAAUCAUCAUACAGCAAUGUAGCAGCUGAUGUACAAACAUUCUCCAAAGGACGCACUGGAUUACGGAAACACCGGGAUAGAUCAUUUAGAAUACAAGAAUACUGGAAUAAAGAAGCUGAAAUACCGAAACCCUGCAAUGAAGAACAGAAGCACCGGGAUAAAUCAUCAUACAGCAAUGAAGCAGCUGAUAUACAAACAUUCACCAAAAGACGCACUGGAUUACAGAACCACCGGGAUAAAUCAUUUAGAAUACAAGAAUACUGGAAUAGAGAAGCUGAAAUACCGAAACCCAGCAAUGAAGUGCAGAAGCACCGGAAUAAAUCAUCUGAAAUACAGAAAUUCUGUAACGAAAAUUCUAGAGAACAGAAAAACCGGGAUAAGUUAUCUGAUAUACAGAAAUACCGAGAUAAAUCAUCUGAAAUACAGAAAAAAUUCAAUAAACCAUCUGAAAUACAGAAAAAAUUCAAUAAAUCAUCUGAAAUACAGAAAUCCUGCAAUGAAGUAUACAUACUCCUGGAUAAAUCAUCUGAAUUACAGAAACAAAGGGAUAAAUCAUCUGAAUUACAGAAACAAAAGGAUAAAUCAUCUGAGGUAAUGAAUCACCGAGAUAAAUCAUCUGAAUUACAAAAAGACCAGGAUAAAUUAUCUGAA